UUACAGAAUUCACUUGAACGCACCGCGCGGAGAGUCGCCUCGUUGCUCACGUGGGCGCGUGACGUCACUUGCAACAUGUGGAAAGCCAACACUGACUGACAUUCAUUCGUUGUCCAACAGACACAUUUCCAGCGCGCAGUCACGUGACCCGGCGUCUCCAAGCCGGCGAGUGGGACCGCAGACAUCGGAUAGAACGUUCUUCCUGAUCUCUGUUGUCUUGAUUUCUCUGUACGAGUGGGAGAAUUGGCGGGGCUUUUUGUGUCGAGCCUCAUUGGGAACUCCUGCACUGCCACGUCAUCCCAGGCGACGACUCCGUUUUUUGCACUCAAGUCAUAUCAUAUAUAUAUCCCCAAAAAUACGUGAGCGGCUGCGGCUCAGUUGUUGGAGCGGGUCACCCGACGGUCGGCGGUUCCGAUCUCGGCUCUCGGGCGAGGCACCUCAAUUGCAGCCGCUCGUAGGAACGCGUCAAGCGCUUUGGGCACCGUGAUGCUGUAGAUAAACGGGCUAUAGAGGUUUGCCAUUUUAUUUGUUGGCGUGACAUAAUACAUAAUGACGAAAUACAAAACCAAACGUGCCUGUCAUUUAACAUCUAGUAACUUCUGAAACAACACACAGAAUCACUCCAAAACAAAACAAACAAAUCGGCCUCCAGAUAACUCUCGUUUGGUCUUCCGUGCAGAAAUAUCGAGAACCACCAAGUGAAGCUGAUUGGGUUUCUUCAGCCGGAAAUGACGUGCCCUGAUUUGGAGCGUCUUCUCUCAGGAUGCUACAGCGCACAUUGUUCAUCAACUUCAAAUGUGUCCGGAUUUGACUGCUUUUCCCAACUCCAGUAUUCCUGACCAGCGCUGGCGAUCUCUCUCAUCGCUCUCCUCUGUACUCUUGCUCGCGCUGUGCGUCAUCGCCGCCCCUCCCUCCAUUCACAUAUGAGGCUACCCGCAACAUUGAAGAGAAGUUUUCAAACGCAUCCCUUGCAUGUGAAAGGAACCGGGUCGACCUUAUGAGUCAGCAUGCUUUGAUGACAAAAAGGUGUCGAUGUCACGCUUCCGUGACCAAAUGUGCCGAUGUCAUGCUUCUGAUCUGCUUUGCGCGGCGCAGAUCAAAGAGGCGAAAGAAAAGGUUUGUGAUUGUCCACUGACAAUUGACAACGCCGCCGUCAAAUACCAAUACAAGGGUUGCAAAGAUGGCGUCAAGUUUCAACAAAGCUCAUUUGAGAAAGGUCGCAGAAAAGAACCAAAUUUGUGACGGAGCUCUCCACCCGUCGCCAUUCGGCAUUUUCGACCUUCUCAACACACAGAAAUGCCUGAAAAACUUUUUCGCCCAGCGGGGGAUGUUUGGCGACUGCACGGCUAGCCCUGAAGUCAACCAGAAUGGGACGUCAAGCCUCAAGGCCAAAGAGAGGGACGACAAGAUCAACAUCAUCGUCAAGAGCAUCGUUGAGAAGAGCAUCGCGGACAUCGCCAAGAUGAGGCAGCUCAUCGCCCUCUGGGAUGCGGAGGAGCGCUCCACAUCGCAUUCUUACAUCGACGAGUCGUCGUACGGCGUCGUCACCCAACAGAAAAUUAAACAAUACCUGAGGGAUUUCUUCUCGGAGCGCCUCACGUCUGCCGAGCACCCCAGAGAUUUCCACGACGGCGCGGACCCUGGACGGGACUCUUAUGCAGAGAUGGCAAAGGAAGAAGACGCCGGCUCCUCGCUGUCUUCUCCCAUGAUUGGGAAGGCAAUGAGUAUGAUCAGCCAUGUGAUACAGCCUGUUGUUGACACCAUCGACUCUGCCAGCAGAGUUACAAAAACCGUAGCCAAUAUGUUAGGGUGGAACGAUCGAGACGACCACGAAACGACGACGGCAGAUGAGUCGGAUGAAGGAGCACAGCAGAAGUCAGCUCAACAGGUCUCCGGUCUUUUGCCCCCUGCAGAGGAGACCGUGGCGGAAGGUUCAUCUGCUUCUUCCACCACAGUCAGGAUGAAAAAGACCCUCACGCGUGACAAAACGGACAAGGAACAUCCGGUUCAGACCUCGAGCUUUUCACCAGCAAUGGACGAAGCUGUGGAGGUCAGUUCAUCUGCUUCCUCUUCCCCCGCAAACAAGCUCAGGAGUGCCAGGAAAGACGAUAAUCGUGUUCCCCCGGCGAUGUUCGACGAGGCUGUCAUGGAGGAACUCUGCAAUUUGCAAUAUGAGAUCCAGUUGACGCCCAGGCUCUCCCCCAUAUUGGAGGAGACCGGGGAGACAAAUUCUUCUGCUUCCUCUUCAGCCAUCCUGGAGAAGAUGUGCUUCUUUGAGGCAGACUCCGUCUCCGGCCUUGUCGUAGCGUCAGAGGGCACCGCUGCUCCUAUUCCUUCCACUUCUACGUGCACCUUCGAGAAGACCAAUGCCAUCCCAAGCAAGGUGCCUCCGCAACCGUAUAUCUUUGAGGAAGAGGCAGCGGAGCAGAAGUUCACCACUGAGAUGGCAUCGAGCCCUCGGGUUUCGCCAUUAAGUGGCCGGAAGCCAAACGUGAUGGGUGACAGCACAGAUGAGAACAUGUCUAGUUCGGAAUUCUCUGAAGAAGAGGUCACAAAAGCGAGCUCCGCCAUUGAGGCUCGGUCCACCCCGAGACUUUUGCACACGUUAGAUGGUGUCUCCCCAGUUCCCUCUCCUGUUACGUCUUCUCCCAUCAUUGAGAAGGCCAAAAAUAUCAUAAGCCAAGUGAUGCAUCCUGUUGUCUAUACAAUUGACUCUGCCAGCAAGGUUACAAAAACAGCCGGCAAAUCUAUUGCCAAAAAAGUGAGGUCCAUGUGGAAAUAUCGCUCUGGCAGGAAGAAGGGCAAGAGGGGUAAAGGAAAGAGUGACAAAAAAGCUGAGCGAACCGCACGUCAAGAUGUUUUGGACAAAGAAGACGGCAAUGAGGAGGAGGAGGAGGACAGGGUGGAGGACGAGGAAGAGGAGGAGGAAACGAACACUGCUGAGGUGGACUCAAUCUCCCAGCUUUCAGGCGCAUUAGAUGACGCUGAGGUUGUCUGUUGCUCAGAGGUUCCCGCGGGCAUCAUUGAGGACAACCACGUUGAGAAAUCUGCAGAUGUCUUGGAUGACGUGGCAGUGGAGGAGUUCUGUUUCUUUGAGGCAGAAUCCUCUUCUGUCAUUUCCACUCCAUUUUUGGACCCCAGGACGACGGCGUCGUGCGAUCCCGCCUCCUCCGCUUCAGCCGAUCCCGAGCAGGCAUACUCUGAAAAUUGUACUCCGGAUAUCUUAGAAGAACAACUGUCCUGCAAUUCUAUCGGCUUGUCGUCAAUGCCGGAGAAUCAACUGAGAAUCGCGGAGACGGACGAAGAGCAGCCCAGUGAGAUAAAUCCACUCCAGUCCGAGGAGGACGGACCCGAGCACAACAUCUACAGUAUUUUUGAGAACAUUUUCAGAGAGGAGUUUUCCAAAAAAUUAGAAAAUUCCCUCAGGCAGGGCCUCUGCGAUGCAGUCCGUGUCUACGUUCCAGAAAGAAGCUCAACAGAAUCCUUCGAGAGCACCGACAUCUCGGGGGAGCAGGCUGACAAUGGCACAAAACUGGAGAUCGAUACCUCCUCGGUGGGUCCGCGAGACUCUCUGGAGAGCGCCUCAACCUCGCUCACUUCUUUUACGAGCUACCAGUUGUUAGAAGACGGAAUGAGCCGGAAGCAUUUAUCAGAUGCCGACCUUAAAGGGAUGCCACCAGAGGGAUUUGAUUCCAAGAGCAAGUCGCUGUGGAAGAGGUGGAGAAUGCGGCGUGGCAGGAAGGUUCUGCCGGGUCUUUUGGCGGGCCGGUUUACUCCCGGUGCCGCUGACGACGUGACCGCAGACGGCAAAGCCACAGAACCAGCCAUCAAGUCCAUCUUGAAAAAAGUCACGUCAAUUUGGAAGUAAGGCAAGACUUCCGGAGUUGUUGGCUACGAGAGGCUCAAGAACGCUCGUUGAGUUGCAGGGAAUGAUCAAGACCACUUUGGAACUCCUCCUCAUGUAUUAUUAGAUAGUGAUUACUCUUUUAUAAAAGGAGAGAGGGGAGACUACUGCUGCUGCUACUAGUAGUCAUAUUCAUUCUGUGGCAAAGUGGAUUUCAGAAAUCAUGCUGGUCACUUUUUCUUGAUGGUGAUGCUGCUUUCUACACGACUGCUACGGAAGCACCCGCCCAUCUCUUUUGGAAAUGUACCCCUCAGCUCACUGAAGUGCUCCUCUGCGCAGUGGCCAAAACAAAAGGAAGCUAGGCGGAAGAAAAGUCAAAGGAGUCAACCACCUCUUCCCAACCUUUCAAGCGCGGAUGGCGUACCGCGUCCGGUUGCGCUCGUCCCAGGUGCCACGCGACUGGCUGACAUCGGGAAGGGCGGCCGUGUUCAAUUCCACGGGAACGGCGUCCUCGUCUGUGGGUGGCGGCUUCCCACGCGCACCGCUCAAACGACGAUCAGUACCUGUACGUGGACAUCUCAACGACUAUGCGUGUGUGUGUGUGUGUGUGUGUACCAGCCCAAUGUUCGAAGCGGCAUGCUGGACUGCGCUGGUGAAAAUGACGACUGCGAGUUCCUCUUUUCUGCGGCGCUCAAUCGGCAGGCCAAUAAUCUCAACAUUCAAAGCCCCUUUCGCACACGAUUUCCAGAAAAUGUGCGCAUCACAGAAGUACCGGUCGGGCCAAAAUGCCUUGCUUCCCGCAAUCGGAUAGACGUCAGAAGGUCAAAUUCUACCGUCCCGUUCUGUAAUGCCUCUGCCGAGUACCUCAGAAGCUGCAAUAUUGGCGGGCUCGCUUCAAGUCCCCAUCCCAUAUGGCUACCUUUCGCACAGAUGGGCUUUGAAGGGCAGUGUGAAAAGGGCUCGAGUUGAAUGCGAUUCGAAUACACCGGUGGUGCCAUUGGGAGUCUGAGGGACGACAAGGCCCAAGAACGCGGGUGUGCUUGUGUGCAUGUGUGACUGUGAGGGAGGUGAGUGAGUUAGGAACCCUAACUGGCCAAAGUUGGGGAGCUCCGCUAAGCCCACGUGUGUUAUAUCCCCGAUCCGGGCUUGGAUGGACAUCUUGCUCCGACUGGGAGCACAAGCUCACCAUCUCUGAGACGAAACUGAUGGAUUACGGUCGCUGUUGUUAUCGUAGCGUAGCGUAGCGAGCACGAACGCGGCGUGCGUGGCAUCCCGCAGCAUCGGACCGCGUAUUCUUGGUAGAAAUAGUUUGGCGACUGAGAGACUCCUCGAUCAGCGAAGUCUAGCUAACGCCGGAGUGAGCGGUAGGCUCUUUCUGAACCGCCAAGAGCAGACCAUCGCCACCUGUAGAGACAACCUACAAGCAUCCUCCGUUGUCGUCGUCGGUUUCGUCAUGAAUUUGGAUUCACCUGUUUAAAGACGCCAUCUGGCGAGAUGAGCUGCGUGCGCCCCCUACCGUUGAUCUCCGGUGUGUAGCGGGGGCCACAAUAGAAAAGAGCAAAUUACCAAUAAAUCUUCGAAGUUAACCCAAAUGCUGUUUCAUUCAAUGUCUCGUUCAAUCUGCAUUUGCAUAUUUCAUCUUCCUGGCUAGCGACUUUACAAACAGGAUGUGCAGCUGGGAGCUGUCUUCGUGCGGGACACAGAACACCUCCACCGCCAGGUGGGAGAGAACCUGGACCUCCGAGUGACGCGCCCACGUAUUUGCCAGCAGCCUGGUCUUUGGGCGUGUCCAAACCAGGGGUCUGCCCCAGCUGGGGAUGUGAUUGGAGUCGGGUAUCAUUUUGAAACUGAAAUACUUCAGUAUUUUC